UAUAAAUUCCCACGAAGGUGCAUAUUCCAUCUUCAAAAUCCAAAACCAAACCUUCGUUUCGCUUUCCUUUCUACGCUACCUGGGUUAUUUACCUGUAUACCCUUCUGGUUAUGCUAGUUCCCGGUCGGCGUAACAAACUUAGCCGAAGCUCUUCCACAGCUCUCGGUUUUGCUCCACACAGAUACGUUCGCUACCGCCGUGUAAGGUAGCCAACAAACAAAAAACCAGAAAUUCUGACAAUUCCAAUUUCACCCCUGUAUACAUAUAUACAUAUUCCGUUUUUCUCCUUUUUUUUUCAUUUCGGCGAUAGUCAGAUAAGGUUGAUAUCAAUUUCAUGCCAAGUCCCAAAGCCCACCGGAGUCACCAGACCGAGAAUAAUCGGAAGGGAAGGUUAGAUAAACGAUCCACGUCUUUUCACGGUGACAACGCCAUGCCUACUGCUACAAUCCGCCGUCCGAAAACCGUUCCCGAUCUCUUAGCCUACCGGAACAGCAUGGUUCCGGUAACAGAAGGUCUUCCUAGACAUCCUCCGAAGCUUCUUCUCAAGGUUACCGUUCUCGGAAGCCUUGGUCCUGUACAGAUACUCCUGAAGCCGGAAUCAACCGUCGGCGAUCUCGUUGACGCGGCGGUUCGGCAGUAUGUUAAGGAAGGUCGCCGUCCGAUUUUACCUUCAAACGUUGCCUCUGAUUUCGACCUUCACUAUUCACAGUUUAGUUUAGAAAGUUUGUGUAGGGAGGAGAAACUAGUGAAACUUGGAUCUAGAAACUUCUUUAUGUGUCCGAGAAACACUCCCCAUGCAGCGGAGGGUAUUUGUGGAACAAGCAAAGGCGGUGGCGUAACGCCGUCAUCGUGUGGCAAAGAGGUUGAUAAAGCGCGUGGUGGUGGGGGUGGGGGUGGUUUUGGUUGGUCCAAACUUCUGCAUUUCAGGCUGUAAUUGGUACUAUAUGGUUAGUUAUAAUGUUUGAUAAAAAAAUAAUGAAUUUUUAUUUUGGUUUGCUUGAAUGAAGUGUAAAUAUAGAUUGGCAAGUAGGGAGAAGUAGGAACAAGGUUUGAGAUUUUGGAGCAUUUCAAGCAAAGAAAAAAAAAUUGUGAAAUUUGCAUGUGUGGUUUUUAACACAUGGUGUAAAUAAUAGUCUUAAACGGUUAAA